AUGAUUGUCGCCGACUUGGCAGAGCGCCUUUUCGCAGAGGUGGACGUGAACGGCGAUGGCACGCUCACAGUGGAGGAGAUCGGCGUGGCCAUCCGACGGAGAAGAACAGAGGCUUUGAGACGGCAGCAGAAGCAGCAAUGGUUUCGAAAGCAGAUCUCCUCCAUUCAGCAGACGGUGGGCCUCCAGAAAGAGGGUGGCAACAAGGCCCACGAAGAGGCGGUAAAGGAGGCCAAGCACGAAGAACUCCAGGCUCGUUCGAGGGAGAUGAAACGAUCUUCGCGCAUCCUGCUGGCCUUUUCGGGCCUCUCCCCCGCUCCUUUCGUGCCUUUCUCCAUGCUCUUUAUUGCGAAGAAUGCCGUGCUUAGAAGAGCAGAUCUUGAGAACUUCCAUUGCCAGGAUCGUGAUUCAGGACUCCGAUGA